CUGCAGACGUCGAAAAAAAAUCAAAUACGUGUUUUUGGAACAUUAUGGUAUCGCAAUGAAAAUUAUGUUUUCCGAACUUGUUUGGACACAUGCAAGGUCCGUAUCGAUUCUGUAAGCCAGCCAACACAUGGGCAGUAAUUAAGCGCAAUAGCAAAACCAGCCUUUACAUAAGGAAAAAUGUAACAGAACAACAGAUAUUGAAAUGAGCCAGCCGAGCUGAAACGAGCGAUAUGGUCGCUUCUAGCGAGCUCUCGCCACCAUGGCCGACGAGGAAAAGCUGCCGAUCCCCCCCACGUUCCUGGAGAAACUGCUGUUCUAUACCACCGCAACCUUCGUGCUGCUCGCCAUCUUCUCCCUCUUCGCGUUCCUGUUCCUGGUUCCGUUUGUGAUCGAGCCGGCCUUCACCACCAUCUUCAUGCAGUUCGACCCAGUAGCGGCGUUAUGCGUGACGGCGCAAGUCAAACACCUGGUCGGCGCCAGCAACUGCACCUGGGCGUCCUGUAGGGAGGGCUGCACGAAGGAUCUGUACGAGUGCACCCAGAUCCGGGUGAAUUAUAAAUUAGGGUACGAACCGAACAUUUCCGCUACGGAGUACGAAACCCUGAUUCGAGCGGAGAGAUCCCUCAGAAAGGAUUACGAUUACGAAAACUACGAGAGUCCACUGGAGAAAAACUACUCUGAUAUGGAGGAGCAGGAGUUACCUGAAGCCUACCCGACGGGGCUGCAGGGCAACGACUCCGAGUGGUACUUCACUGGAGCGAGGCUGUUCCCCAACGUGAAGGGAUGCGGUUAUCCGCCCAUUUUGAAUUGCACCAUAUUCUACGGAAAGUACAGGCCUCUGGGCACCAACUACUCGUGCUACUACAGCCGCAUCGACCCCGGCCUGGUGAUCACCGAGCUGGACAUGUGGCAGAAUACGCUGAACCUGGUCUACGCGAUGGCGAUACCGAUCCCAUCGUUCAUUAUAUCAGUGAUAUAUCUCACGUUCGCGUACUUCAAGAUAUACAAUACUGAGGACGAGUCGGAGCAGGCGCCGCUCCAGAGUGAUGCGGAAGCCAUGGCGACGGGAGACGACGGGAAGCCCACGACUCCAGGGUCUGACACCUUCAGGGAAGACCUGGCGUGCUUCGGCCACCAGCUGAAGAUGCAGAUGGCGAACGACAAGCCCAAAGAAGGAUUUGAGUCCAAUAGCCCUCCAAUUUCCAAUUCUGCCUCGUUGUCUGGGACGAAGUCAUCUUUCGUGAACGCCUAAUGAAGCGAUCCGAGAUGACAGGGCUCCUGAAGAAGCUUCGGGUACAGAGUUCAUCACGAGAUGUCGUGAACAGCUGAAGGAUUCAAGACUUUCGCUUCAUGGUCGUGAGAUUAGAUAAGUUGCAAGAGAUUUAACGAGAUUUUUUAUAACGCGUUGUGAGAUAAGAAAUGGGAGUUUUCGUGACAACAGAUUUAUGAUUGCGAGUGAGUUUUUUUAAGUAGUGUACAGUCAACAUAAGAUAUUAAAAAAAAAAAAUUAAAUCUUAAUAUAACUUACUUGUCAGUGUCAGUUUUUGUAAUAUAUUUCAGACGUCAAAUGAAAGAAAAGAAAGUUAACUUUAUAUUACUGUAACUAAGUACCCACUGUUUCUAUAAAAAGGUUGGUUGAUAAAUAUGUCAUGUUGAU